UGUGCCCGUGCCACCCACUCCGCGUCCGCUCACACCAUCCGCCACUAGUGGCCUCGACGGAGGCAAUUCUCCAUGCCCAUGCCUCGUCAAGGGCGUGUGGCCCACCUACCACGGCGUAUGUAUGUCGCCGUCCCUCUCCUCGCUGACGGUGCGUAGAAUAUAUAUAACAUCGCCGGCAAGUCCACAAUCCUGUGGCAUGGAUCAACGAUAAUAGUCAUGACCCACACUCACAUGGGCAUGGCUCAGUUAGCGAGGGUCCUAACACGACCCUACGCAUAUAAGCAUACAAAACUCAAGACAAUAUAAAAAUAAAGAAGGAUAAUGGGAAAUAUUAGAUGCCAUCGUGGCUUUCGAGCCCGCCCCUCGGGGCGGCCUGCGCUGCAUUACACACAGGAGGUCCAGCUCGCGCAUCGGUUGGAUCCCGUUGUAAGACGCUCUCCGCUUGCAGGGUGCGGUCGGGCCCCACCGUCCCAAGGCUAGGGAAAGGCGGGUGGUAUUGGAGCCGGUGCCUUCGGGGCCGCGUGACCGCCCCCGGUGGACCCACCUUGGUCGACGGGUGAGCUAUGGAGAGUCGUGGGUCUGGCCUCUAGGUGGCGGCAAGGGCGCCGGUGGUUGCAGCGACGGGGAUCAUACGGCCUCGCGUUGUGUCCCAGGCGUAAGUUCGUGCCUUGGCUGCGAAACACGCCGGGUGGGCACCGGUUGUGGGCGGGCACGCAGCUAGUUUUUUUUCUAGCAGAAUGUAUAUCCCGGGGUUGGAAGACGACCCAUCUAUACGCACGGGUGGGAUCCGAGUGCGGAUGGGCUCGCAUUCCCCAGGUGCCGCAACACUGCGGCACCGUAAUUUUUUCCUCCCUCUCGCCUUCGGGCGAGGCUUUUUCUCCCUCUCUAAUUUCUUCAAGCGACUGCUGCAUUUCACCGCGCUGGCUCACAACGAGCGAGCGAGGAUGCAGAUCGACGGAUGCAGGCGCCGCGUCGUCUGCGCCG